UUCUCUCUCUCGAGUGGCUGGACAAGCAGCAGAGAGGGAAAACCCUUCAAUUGGAAGUCUCUCAUGUCUUGUCUGUCAGGAUUGGUGACGUCAAGGGGCGGGUUGUGUUUCUAUGAUCAACCUGCGGGAAAACAAUGAGGAGCGGAGCCGCCUGAAGCUGGAGCCUCCCUGAGCAGUGAGAGUAUCCAAGCUGGUUCCCGAACGCAGCUCUGGGACAUGAUGCGAGGCGGCAGCAGUGGGCCAGCGGAGGAGUGGGCAGACUCGGGAGCUGAGACUGCAGGCUCUGAUUCCAGCAGGAUGUCUUCAAGUAGUGAAUUUGUGCUGGAAGAGGGUCAGGAUCCCUUCCAAAUGACUGUGCAUCUGCUUGCAAACCCUGGUGAAUCUCAAGGAUUACAGAAAACACUGGACGGCUUAUUGCACUGGUUAAGCCCGGAUAUCCAGUUGUUCCAUGUUUCUGAGCGAGCAACGCCAAUAAAAUGCUGUGAAACACAGCGCAGAAAAAAGUCUGGAUACCCAUCACACUCUGUUAUUCUAUUCCUACAUGAAGACUUUGGUGAAGAACGAAUCUUACAAGUUCAUGACUUUUUUCAGGGGCCACCGUGGCAUUAUCAUCACAGUGAAAGUGUGGGUGGGAAAAUCCUUCCUUAUAUGAUUUGUUGUCAGGACUUCUACUCUUUGGAUGCUAGCAUGCCGAUCUGGGCUGUAAGACAAGUGCACUAUGGGAAUGAGAUCUUGCGAGUUACUGUAUGCUGCAGCAAUGAAAACUUUGAAGAUUCUGUCAAGCUGUAUGAGUUAAUUUUGCAAAAGAAAGCUGCUGUGCAGAAAACUGACUUCUGCUGUUUCACAGUGUUCUCAAGCCAGAGUUUCUGUAUCCAGCUCUCCUUAAAACAGUUGCCGCUUGGAGUUCCUGUAGAUCUCAAAGUAUCGGCUGUUCUUCAGUUCAGGGUGCAUGCAAUUGGACAGCUGGUGCCACUGCUUCCGAACCCAUGCAUUCCCAUCAGCAACACAAGAUGGCAAACUGAAGACUAUGAUGGAAACAAGAUCCUUUUCCAAAUCAAAGGGAGAUUGCAGUACUUGGACAGAAGUUGCUCUGCAGGCGGUGGUUUGAACUAUUACUCAUGCAGUUCGGUGCCAUGCAAUCAAACUUCACUUUCAGAAAGGUGGCUGGACAACCAAAUGCCUCAGGACAAGGGCAAAAUGGUCUCCGCUUUGGCUGAAGAUGAACAGGAGAGGAGAUGUGUGAAAGGAAAACAAAGGAGUAGUUUACAUGGAAUGCUGGACAGAAUUGAAAGCACCUCUGAGAGUUUGUGCAGCACACCCAAAAGCAGUUCCUGUUACUCAUCACAGCGCAGCAGUCCAGCAACAUUGUCUCGCUGUGAUCCAGUGUAUGGUUACAACAUGUCUACAAAGUUCCAAAGCUUUGAACAUGAAACCACCACUGGACCACACAAUGCAGAAACUGAUGUUGACACUGGAUUCAUAGUUUCAAAGGCAAGCUUGUCUUCUGAUGACAGCCUGUGUUCUUUAGACACAUUUUCAACUGGUUUAAAGAACAGUCUUCCUAAUAUAAGUUCAAAAAGCUUUGCAUUAAAAUCAACAAUAGGUGCUGGACCAAAAAGUGAAACGUCUUCUGAGAGUAUCAGUGUUUUGAGCAAAAAAUGGCGAACUUCCAACUCUGAGAAAAGUACGCCUGUUCGUCAACAAACAUUCAAAACCUCCCAACAAUCUUAUGCAAGUGGUGUGGAGGAAGAAUUUUUCAUCUAAGUUGGCACACAAAUUAAUUGUAAAAUGUUAUUUUUGCUUGCAAACCAUGCUGAGUGCAGGUAUUUGCAUGAAGUAACAUUAUGGAAUAACACAGCAGCUGUUUUGUAAUUUUAUUGAACAAAGAAAAAUGUCUAACUUUCACAUUUUACUAAUUUUGCUACCACUUCACCUGCACUAAAUGUAAGCCUUUGUCUUCUGAGCAAGUAGCUAAAUUCCCUGAGUUGUGGUUGAGCAGAAUUCUUGAAUUCAUCUUUAAAUGUGAUUGUUCUUAAUGAAUAAUCUAAAUCUAAUUAAUAUAGAGUUGCAGAAACUGCACAAAAUAACUUUCCUGUAGCUCUAACCUCUUUUAAAAUAAGCAGUUAAACAAAAUGUAGCCUUUGUCAGUUUGAUUAAUUUCCAUGAUAUGGUGUGUAAACAUGGUUCCUGUAUCAUUCAGGAAUUUAAAGACAAGUUUUAUAUAAGGAUAUGGUUGAAAAAUAUCUUGAACAGACUUAUCAGUUUGUAAUCUGUUUGAGAUUUCUCUUGUUACUAGUUAAAUUUGUAUAUUUGAUUUUUUUUUUGAAAAUUACUCUUUCAUGGAUGUGGGCAUCGCUGGCUUGAGUGUGUAACUCCAAAGGGAUAGAAUCAUAGAAUCCAUACAGUGUGGAAAUAGGCCAUUCAGCCAAACAAGUCCACACCACUCCUUCAAAGAGCAUCUCGCCCAGACUCAUCCCUCUACCUUUUCCCUGUAACCCUGCAUUUCCCCUGUCUAAUCCACCAAGCUUACAUAGUCCUGGACGCUAAGGGCAAUUUAGUAUGGCCAAUCCACUUAAUCUGCACAUCUUUGGACAGUGGCGGGGAACCAGAAAAUCCAGAGGAAGUCCACACAGAUACGGGGAGAAUGUGCAAACUUCACACAGACAGCUGCCUGAGGGUGGAAUCGAACCCUGGUCCCUGACGUUGUGAGGCAACAGUGCUAGCCACUGUGCUCCCCAUCCUAUAGGUGGUAGUGUUCCCAUGCAUUUGCUGCUUUUGAUUUUGAGAUGGUAUUGGUGCUGGGUUUGCAUGGUACACACAAUUGUCACUGUGCACUGAUAUUGAAAAGUGUGGAUUGGGGUGCCAAUCAAAAAUGGGUUACUUUUUCUUGGGUGAUGUUGAGCUUGACAGUACCAGGUUGGAUUGCUUGUGAAAUUCAUUAAUGCUGAACAUUGCAUGAAUGUCAGUUGAUCCAUGUAAUUGAAGUAACUUCAAUUUAUUAAUUAAGUUCUUAUAACAAUUAAACUAUAGUUAAUUACAACAAUUUUGAAAUAAAUGGCAAAACAUUGGAUUGUAACAAAUUUGUGUCCAUCAUAUAGCUCUUCAAGUGUACAGUGUUCCAUUUUAUGUAAAUGGUCACACAGAAUUGAACGUGAUGCACUAUUAAUGUAUCUGGUAUAUUCAAAUAAUUGUAUGAAUCAAGAGGACAAUCUAGACAGACACAAUGCCUUGUAUGUUAUCGUCUUUUUGAAAAAUAGUGUAGCAGUUUAACUUUGGUAAUUUGUUCCUAAUGGCAGGACAGAAAAUGGGUGUCACUUCCACUCUCUUGCUUUUUACUGCUUCCCAUAUGACUGAAGUGCCAGUGGUAUGGACAGCAUGAGAUAGUAUAAUGAGGGAAGCUUUUUAGUGGUGAAACCUACUACCGAUUGACAAUGCAGCAGGUACAGAGAGGCUAUAAUAAAGCCUGCAGAGGAAGUAGCAUCGCACUGUUCACAGCCAUAAUUUUCCUGCCAUUAACAUAAAACAUAUGAAGGGCACAAAGAUAAUAUGGGCGGUUUUCAGAUUUGCAUUACACUUGUAAAUAUUUCAUUUUACAUUGGUUUCACUGUCACCGUGUGAAACUAGUUUUCUCAGAGAGAUGAUGUACUGACAUUCUGUGUGGUUAGUAAACAUUGAUGGUUAUUAUGGAAUUAGGGGUAUUCCUUUUAUUGAGCAGAAAACAAUGUUGUAUUUUCUUGUUUAUUCUCUAUUGAUUUUUUUUUUAAAGAGUCCAGUGUGAUACUUGCCACUCGAAAAUAAAUCUGAACUUGUGACCUCAGCUCACCCUCCCAACUAUGCUUUAUAAAAAGAUAUUGUCCAAGAUCACUCCCAAUGGGAAGAACUGAAAUGUUGCAGGUGAACCCAAGGUCCUGCAGAAAACCUUUCAGCCGACUUCCUGAGAUGGAGCCAUGCGUAGCUAUCAUUGACCACAUCCUUUUAAGCGCCUUAUUUUCUGACUUAACUCAAUAUUUCCUUUACCACUGACACACUUUUGUCCACCCUGAGCUUCUAAGCAGGCUAUAAAUUCCCACUGCCCCACAGUUAUUUUCUGUACUCAACUUUGAGAUGCAGGAGCUACAAUACCAGCAAUUACCCUUAUCAACUGCUUUAAGAUAUUCUGGAGAAUUGUGACAGAAACAGAUUCACUACUAGUACAUAGCUGUCUUACAGAAAAUGAGAUAUCUGCCACCUAACAUAACCCACCAAAGCAUGCUGUAAUUAUUGGCACUGACAACGUUGCAAAUACAGUAACAACAACUAGUGUAAAUAUUAUGGAAUAUAUCUCUGUGGUCUUGUAAAACAGCAUAGAAGAAUAUAAUGCUGUGGAUCAAGCUUCCACUGAACAGGUAAAAUUGUUUCUCAUUGUUGACUUUGCCCCAGAAAUGCAGGUAGUUUGAGCAAAACGCAAUGUUUGAAGCCUUUGAAUAGUAUUCCAACUGGGACAAGAACAUAAGAACCAGGAGCAGGCAUAGACUAGUUGGCUGUUUGAGCCUGCUCCGCCAUUCCAUAAGAUCAUGGCUGUUUUUUUCCAUGGCCUGAGUUCCACUUACGCACCCUCUCAUCAUAACCCUUGACUUUUUGAACAGUAAAAAAAUUAUUUAUCUUAGCUUUAAAAAUAUUCAAUGAGGAAGUUCCUCAACAACUUCACUGGGCAGGGAAUCCCACAAAUUCACAACCCUUUGGGUGAAGAAUUUCCUAAAUCUGCUCCCCCUAAUUUUGAGGCUAUGACCCCAGCUCUAGUUUCACCUGCCAGUGGAAAUAUCCUCCCGGCUUCCAUCUUAUCUAUUCCCUUCAUGAUUUUGUGUUUCUAUGUUCUCUGUGUUUCUAUAAGACCGUCCCUCGUUCUUCUAAAUUCUGAUGAAUAUGAUCCCCUUUCAACCCUUUCAACUCCGGAAUCAACCUGGUGAACCUCCUCUGCACCCCCUCCGGUGCCAGUACAUUCUUUCUCAAGUAGGGAGACCAAAACUGUACGCAGUAUGCCAGCUGUAGCCUCACCAGCACUGUAUACAGCUGCAACAUAAUCUCCUUGCUUUUGAACUCAAUCCCUCCAGCAAUGAAGGACAGAAUUCCAUUUACCUUCUUAAUUGCCUGUUGCACCUGCAAACCAACGUUGUGUGAUCCAUGCACAAGAACACUCAGGUUCCUCUGCAUAACAGCAUGUUGCAAUUUUUUACCAUUAAAAUAAUAAUCCUUUUUACUGUUAUUCCUACCAAACUGGAUUACUUCGCAUUUAUCAACAUUGUCCUCCAUCUGUCAGACCUUUGCCCACUCACUUAAACUAUCUAUAAGCCCUUUGCAAACUUUGUCAGUCCUCUGCAUACUCUGCACUACCACUCAUCUUAGUGUCAUCCAUAAGCUUUGAUACACUACACAUGGUUCCUAACUCUGAAAUGUUUCAGAAAUCUUGAUUUUGUUGCCAUAGGUUGUUUCUCAUGUUUGCCAACUUAAUUCCCAGUAUUUUUAUGCACAUGCACUUAUGUGGUCAUGAGUAAUAUAUGAUUUAAAUGAAUGCCAUUUAAAUUACAGCAAGCAGUGCGUCCAAAAUGAAAUACCCAAAGACUAUGUGAUCUACUGUAAGAUAAAAGAUUAGAGAUAUGAGUGUUCAUUACCUGAAGUCUUCAAUCAAUCCAAACAUGUGCAUGACAUUAAGUAACUAUUAGAGAGUACUAGGAAUUCCAAAACUCAGAUGUGGAAUGAAACUUUUUGUAAUACUGUACAUUGAAGAUUGUCACUGGUUAAAUUACUUACCCCUUGUCUUUCCUGGGUUUGUUAAAGUUUUUGUUUGGAACAUGGGUGAUAAUGUAAAGGGUGUUUUUGUUUUGUAUGUCUAAUUGAGCUGAAAAGGUUAUGACCGGACUUUAUGUGGAACAACAGUGGUCUUUGCCACAAUGGUCCUUCCAAAGUGGGAAAGCCAGAUUGUUGCUAAUGGCAGAAUUAAAAUAGAACUUUUUUUUGGGAUGAUUAGCCCAGAGAAUUGCAGCAUGGGAUGAUAUCAUUCACAGUGUAAUUGAAUUCUCUUUUGUCAAACUGUAUUAAAAUGCCAACAUAUUUGAAUAUGAUGUGCUUUAAAAUGACUGUUUAACUGACACAUUUUCUCAAAACCUUGACAUCUGCAAAGAAGAAACAAUGGAUAAUUGAUGCUAUCUUUUUAAAUAGAAAAAAGGUAUAAAUUCAGAAAAGAAAACGUUUUCGAGAUUUCAUUUAACUUCACUCACUUUUUGUUUCAUUUAACUUUUCUUGCAUACAGUCUUUCAGGGACACAGGCAUGAGGUCAUUUUCCAGAUGUUUGUUAAUUACACUAACAAUAAAGUUCAGAAUCAGAUCUCUGUUGUUGGGCUGUCAAAUUGAGCAAAUAACUAAUCUGUUUCUUUCCACUCGAACCUCACAGUAACUGAAGUCAACUUACUCUACUUCUGGUAUAAUUCUAUACCGUUUCCCCCUAUCCUGUCCUUUCAUGAAGAGUGUUCACUCAACUGAAUAAGACAGUGCAGACCCUUUGAGAGAUAUCAGUUUGAGCUUGGUUUCCUAAAGAGUAUGUAAUGGUUUAGAAUUUGUGGAAGAGAGAUGCGGACUAACAUGGGAAAAUGUGAACUUGUCCAUUCUGCUAAGAAAAAUAUAAAAGUUUUUUAUUUUUGGAUGUAGAAAGCAGAACUCUACAGAAGGAUCUGUGUGAUGGCACAAAACUGAUGUGCAGAUACAGCUUGCUUUCAAGAAGGCCAAUGAAACAGCAGCAUUUAUUGCAAGGAAAGAGGAGCUUGUUGCACAAUGUAGCACCCCUACUUCUGUGCUAGAAGGUCUGCGUUCAACACCCACCCCUAGGGGGAUUGGGCAUAAAGGGAGGGAGAUGUUGUUACAACUACAGGACUUUAAACUGCAUCAGUAAUAUUAUGUAUCGUUUUGGUCUUUUUACUUAACCAAGGUUAUAAAAGCAUUAGAUGCAAUUCACAGAAUGUUCACUUGACUGAUUCCUGGAAUGAAGGGAUUAUCUUUUGAAGACAAACUGAACAGAUGAGUUUAUAUCCAUUGAAGUUUAGAAGAAUGAGGGAGGGUUGUUAGUUUGUCAUAUUCUCUUCCCAGAAGCAGUGGCGGCUGAAUCAUUGAACUUAUUCAAGGAUAAGUAAGAUAUUUUUUGAUAACUCUGUAAACAGUUGUAGGGAGCUGGCAGGAAAGUAGUGUUGAGGCCGCAAUCAGAUCAGCUAUGAUCUUAUUGAAUGGCAGAGCAGGAUGAGUGGCCUACUGCUCCUAUUGCUUGUAUUUGAGAUAUUCUGUUUUAGUAUUAUUUGAAGGGUGAUUCCUAGUCAGUACAUUGUGGAUCACUCUAAUGCUGUUUUUAAAAUAAUAGCAUAAUUUCAAGGGCUGUGGUUCAAUGUCUUGUCCAAAGACAGCACCUUUGACAAUACUAGACUCUCUUAGUUGUGCAGUUGUCAGAUAAGAUUGCAAUGGGAAAUUGGGCAGCUUUGAGCAGAAUGGCUGUUCUACUCUGAUUUCCCAAAUUUACAUGCAGCCUUACCUGUGACCUGCUGGUGAUUACAAACAAAUGUCAUUUUUUAAAAAAAACUAGCUUCCAAAUAAUUAGCAAUUGUCGAGGUUCCUUCAGUUGUAAAACACCUUUAUAACUUGCAGGACACAGUCAUUUAAAAUGAGUGGGGGGAAAAAUUAGCAAAUUAUGAUCUUAAAGAAUUUAAAAAAGUAUAUUUUGUACCUGUGUGA